GAGAGCAGAUAUAGUGAAUGCAGGGUCCAGGGAGAGCAGAUAUAGUGAAUGCAGGGUCCGUGGAGACCAGAUAUAGUGAAUGCAGGGUCCGUGGAGACCAGAUAUAGUGAAUGCAGGGUCCGGGGAUACCAGAUAUAGUGAAUGCAGGGUCCGGGGUCCAGAUAUAGUGAAUGCAGGGUCCAGGGAGAGCAGUGAUAUAGUGAAUGCAGGGUCCGGGGAGAGCAGAUAUAGUGAAUGCAGGGUCCAGAGGAGAGGGCAGGGAGAGAUAUAGUGAAUGCAGGGUCCAGGGAGAGCAGAUAUAGUACAGGGUCCAGGGGAGAGCGGAUAUACUGAAUGCAGGGUCCGGGGAGAGCGGAUAUAGUGAAUGCUGGGUCCAGAGAGACCAGAUAUACUGAAUGCAGGGUCCAGUGGAGAGCGGAUAUAAUGAAUG